AUGCGUAUAUUUAUCGCUAUCCUUCUGAUGUCUGGUUACAAUAGAGUACCGGACAAACGCGCAUAUUGGGAGGAUUGUGAAGAUGUCCAUAAUCCUAUGGUUUCACGUGCUAUGCGCAAAAAUAGGUUCUUAGAAAUUUCUAAAUUCCCUCACUGUGCUCCUAAUAACGAUAUAAAUGAGAAGGAUGCAAUGUAUAAACUAAGGCCUUUGAUCGCGUUCCUGCAGAGAAAGUUUCGCGACUUGAUGAUUUCAAAAAAAUAUUACGAUUAUGACGAGAGUAUGAUACCCUAUUACGGGCCACAUGGCUGUAAAGAAUUUAUCCGGGGUAAGUUCAUUAGGGUUGGUUACAAGGCGUGUUGUCUAAACGCAAGCCAAGGGUAUCUAGUCGACUUUGACAUUUACCAAGGAAAAAGUCCUGAAGAAAAAGAAGAUUACGGCAAGAAAUUUGGGAAGUGUGCGGCUCCACUCGUACACAUGUUGGACCGUUUGCCGGAAAAUGUAAAGACACUUCCUUUGAUGUUUUAUUUUGAUCUCUUUACUGGCUUAAACCUUUUGAAGGAACUGAAAUCUCGUGGGUACGGAGGUACAGGAACCAUGAGAGAAAAUCGUGUACCCAAGGAUUGUUCUCUCAAGCCUGUGAUCAAUAUGAAGAAAGAAGCAAGAGGAUCGUUAGAUUACAGAACGUCAAACGAUGAUGUUAUAAUUGCCCGUUGGGUUGACAAUUCUGUUGUGACAGUAGGUUCCACUGUGCAUGGUAUCGAACCUGUUAUAAAUGCAACUCGGUACUCACAGAAACAUAAAAAAAGAAUUCAAGUUCCACGGCCUAAUCUCUUCACUCAAUACAACAAGAAUAUGGGAGGUACGGAUAGGAGGGAUCAGAAUGUGUCCCUUUACCAAAUUUCAUUUCGAAAUAAGAAGUGGUGGUGGUCAAUUUUUAUCUGGUUGCUAGAUGUUAGCGUCUGUAAUGCUUGGAUGUUAGCAAGGAGCACUGGUGACGAUGUCAGUCAACUCACCUUCAGGAGAACCAUUGUGCAAACUUACCUGAAGCGCUAUGGAGUCGCUCCAAUGACACCGCGGGUGAGACCAAUAAACGUCUUCAGUAGAGUGGCUAUGGAGAUAAGAUAUGACAACACGGGUCACUAUGUAGCAUGGAUUCCGAAUCAGAAGCGUCGACGAUGUGCAUACGAAUAUUGUUCUUCCAGUACCCGCACGGAAUGUGUAAAAUGCGAUAUUGGAUUGUGCGUUGGUUGUUUUCUUGAUUUCCACGUUUACCGUGAAUACUGA